GAAAGAUGUCAUUUCCCUGUGCCGUGUGGAAGGUGAAGGUUCCAGGGCCGGAGGGACAGCGGCGGCCAGCCUCAAAAGAGAACAUGACCUGAAGAGAAUGUAGAGGGAAACGUGUUACCAGGAGCCAUCAGAGGAGCUGCUCUCUCUCUGGGGCACCCAGGCCUUCCCUGCCAUGCGACCUGUCGGUGUUUGGCGGUGGAGCCUGUGGGGGCUGCUGCUGCGCCUGCUCUGCAGUCCGUGCCUGGGCUCUCCAACCCCAUCCGCGGCACCUGAGAAAAGGGCCGGGAGCCAGGGGCUGCGGUUUCGGCUGGCUGGUUUCCCCAGGAAGCCAUUCGAGGGCCGCGUGGAGAUACAGCGGGCUGGUGAAUGGGGCACCAUCUGCGACGAUGACUUCACGCUGCAGGCUGCUCAUGUCCUAUGCCGGGAGCUGGGCUUCACAGAGGCCACAGGCUGGACCCACAGUGCCAAAUAUGGCCCUGGAACAGGCCGCAUCUGGCUGGACAACCUGAGCUGCAGUGGGACUGAGCGGAGUGUGACUGAAUGUGCCUCCCGGGGUUGGGGGAACAGUGACUGUACCCACGAUGAGGAUGCUGGGGUCAUCUGCAAGGACGAGCGCCUCCCUGGCUUCUCAGAUUCCAAUGUCAUUGAGGUAGAGCAUCACCUGCAAGUGGAGGAGGUGCGACUUCGGCCAGCCGUUGGAAGGGGCAGACGGCCCCUGCCCGUGACUGAGGGACUGGUCGAAGUCAGGCUUCCGGAUGGCUGGUCGCAAGUGUGUGACAAAGGCUGGACUGCGCACAACAGCCACGUCAUCUGCGGGAUGCUGGGCUUCCCGAGCGAAAAGCGGGUCAACGUGGCCUUCUACAGACUGUUCCUGACUCUGCUGUUGUCUUAUCCUCACAGAAAGUUGAGGAAGCGAGCGGCCAAAGCCUCGGCCCGACGCUCCAAGCCCCUUGGAAGACCAGUCACCAAGCUUAAAGCCAAACCCAAAACCCGAAUGGGCAGGGGGCCAGUUAAGAGACAGGACUUCGAAAGAAUACUAAGUCUCUUUGAGCUUCAGAGUCCACUUAUCUUGAGCUUCCAAAGGCUGCUGGCCCGGCGGCAGCAACACUCCUUUGGUCUGCACGGGGUGGCAUGCGUGGGCACGGAGGCCCACCUCUCCCUCUGCUCCUUGGAGUUCUAUCGAGCCAAUGACACCACCAGGUGCCCUGGGGGGGCCCCUGCGGUGGUGAGCUGUGUGCCAAGCCCUCUCUACGCAGCGUCCAGUGGCCAGAAGAAGCAACAGUCGAAGCCUCAGGGGGAGGCCCGAGUGCGUCUGAAGGGCGGAGCCCACCCAGGAGAGGGCCGGGUAGAAGUCCUGAAGGCUGGCACGUGGGGCACGGUCUGUGAUCGCAAGUGGGACCUGCAAGCAGCCAGCGUGGUGUGUCGGGAGCUAGGCUUCGGGAGUGCUCGAGAGGCUCUGAGCGGUGCCCGCAUGGGGCAGGGCAUGGGUGCCAUCCACUUAAGUGAAGUGAGAUGCUCUGGACAGGAACUCUCUCUCUGGAAGUGCCCCCACAAGAACAUCACAGCCGAAGACUGCUCCCAUAGCCAAGAUGCUGGUGUCCGAUGCAACCUGCCCUACACUGGGGUGGAGACCAAGAUCCGCCUCACCGGGGGCCGCAGCCGCCAUGAAGGGCGAGUGGAAGUUCAGACAGGGGGCCCGGGGGCCCUUCGCUGGGGCCUCAUCUGCGGAGACGACUGGGGAACACUGGAGGCCAUGGUUGCCUGCAGGCAGCUCGGACUGGGCUAUGCCAACCACGGCCUGCAGGAGACCUGGUACUGGGAUUCGGGGAACAUAACAGAGGUGGUGAUGAGUGGAGUGCGCUGCACAGGGACUGAGCUGUCCCUGGACCAGUGUGCUCAUCAUGGCACCCAUGUCACCUGCAAGAGGACGGGAAGCCGUUUUACUGCUGGAGUCAUUUGUUCUGAAACCGCAUCAGAUCUGCUGUUGCACUCAGCACUGGUGCAGGAGACCGCUUACAUCGAGGACCGGCCCCUGCACAUGUUGUAUUGUGCUGCUGAAGAGAACUGCCUGGCCAGCUCGGCCCGCUCAGCCAACUGGCCUUACGGCCACCGGCGUCUGCUCAGAUUCUCCUCCCAGAUCCACAACCUGGGACGUGCUGACUUCAGGCCCAAGGCCGGGCGCCACUCCUGGGUGUGGCAUGAGUGUCAUGGGCAUUAUCACAGUAUGGACAUCUUCACUCACUACGAUAUCCUGACCCCCAACGGCACCAAGGUGGCCGAGGGCCACAAAGCUAGUUUCUGUCUAGAAGACACCGAAUGUCAGGAGGAUGUCUCCAAGAGGUAUGAGUGUGCCAACUUUGGAGAGCAGGGCAUCACUGUGGGCUGCUGGGAUCUCUACCGGCAUGACAUCGACUGUCAAUGGAUUGACAUCACAGAUGUGAAACCAGGAAACUACAUUCUGCAGGUGGUCAUCAACCCCAAUUUUGAAGUAGCAGAGAGUGACUUCACCAACAACGCCAUGAAAUGUAACUGCAAAUAUGAUGGACAUCGCAUCUGGGUGCACAACUGUCACAUUGGGGAUGCCUUCAGUGAAGAGGCCAACAGGAGGUUUGAACGUUACCCUGGCCAGACCAGUAACCAGGUCAUCUAAGGUGCCACCACCUUCCUCUACAGACCACCACUGGCCCCUAAUGGCAGGGGUCUGAGGCUGCCAUUACCUCAGGAGCUUACCAAGAAAGCUUUGACGUCAGCAGGCCCACAGCACUCGUCCGUUGUGCACUGCGGUUGUGGACCGUCAAGCAGAAAUCACUGCCCUCUUUCCUAGGCCAGCUGUCCUGAUCUGUGGCCAGGCCUGGGGAAUUCUGCGCCCAGGCCCAGCACCAAGCCAAGCACACCACAGAGAGGCGCACCUGAUUAACUGCCCAGGACAACAGACAACAGCAGCUCGCUUUCUUGAAUAGGGAGGUCAGAAUUGUUUAACUCCAGUAUCUCCCCUCAGUUCUGGAAGAUAAAGCUUUACCUCUAGCCUUUUUGUGGGGGGAAAGAGCAGUGUUCCACCCUUCCCCUCAUUUUUCAGUAUGACAUGUUGUUAGGUAUAAUUUUAUUUUAUAUAAAAAGUGUUUUUGUGACUCUUCAGA